UCUGAAACUGCCGGAGAUAUCCCCAUUACAGUUUUCACUAACGGACGACUAAAACCAAGUCUUAUUUUCUAAUUGGACAUUGUUUGUCGACAGCAGCCGAGAUUGCACUUCUAUGAGUGGUGGUAACUUGAAAACAGAAUGAGUUGUAGCGGCGGAGAACCCGAUCGGUCAGCUUUGGCCCGGAGUCGUAGCAUUGAUCACCAGCUCGAUGAAGAACGAGAAAGAAGACAGAAAGAGAUUCAACUACUGGUGCUAGGUGCUUCCGGUUCCGGGAAAAGUACCUUUAUCAAACAGAUGAGAAUCAGAUAUGGAGACGGCUUCCCUGAAAACGAACGUCACUAUUUCAAACCAUUUAUUUACGAGAACAUCACGCAUGCGCUGCACCAUGUCUUAGAUCAUAUGGCGUCUAUGAAGAUAGACUAUAAUGACCCAUCGAUGACUGAAACGGUGAGUGAGUUUGAGAAGAAAUAUCCACGAAUAAGGGCCUUGUUACUUCAUACAGUUGAGGAAGAUGACACUCACUUUGACCACAACAAUACAAACUUAUUCCCCGCUCGGCCACGACGUCUCUCGAACUUUUACUGUCAUUACGAGAAACCAGACAUUUCCUUAAUCCUGCAGGUUUGGCAAGACUCGGGCGUUCAAGAAUUUGGUGAAGCUUUGUAUCUUUGUUUGAAACCAGUUCCUUUCUUACAGAAAGAUUUCAUGUAA